AUGUUGCUCAUUUUCUGGCUUCAAAUCGUUUUUUCGUUGCGCUAUUCAAGCGCCAUUAGAACUGACUUUUUGCUUGACUUUCUAGCAGCGAGACACUCCAAAAGUGUUGUGUUUUUUUUGUGUGAUUUCGACGAAAUUCACAAAACAUUCACUGCGGUGAACGAGCGAAACAUCGCUGUUCAGUUUGUGAAUAUCGAUGGAUCCCGCGAAGUAAUUCCAUCAGCUAUCUUGCCCCGAACGAAUUACGCUCGAACAGUUUGUGUUUACGAUUAUAGCUGUGCAAAAUCUUUGCAAAUAUUGCAAAAGUUUUCAGAUCUAAAAUAUUUCAACACUACCUAUAGUUGGCUAUUCGUAGCAGAUAAUGAUUCUACGGUGGAUGUCAAUGAUAUACUAUGGCAAUUGAAGUUUAUUCAAAUGAAUUCCGACCUAAUUACGGUGCAGAAAGAAAACAACGGAACUAAAUUCGAUUUGAUAGAUGUUUAUACAAGAGGAAGACACCUGUGCAAGGAUAUAUUGCAAGCGAAAUACGGAGAGUGGCAGGAGAAAAAGGGUAUGCAGCUAGUCUCUGGUUCUGGUCGCUAUUAUCUACGCGGAAACUUCGAAGGUCUCCAGCUAAGAGGAGUAACAGUGAUUGAUCGCGAUAAUGUUACCUCGGAUGACGUCGAUAGGAUCCUAUCAGAACCCAGGAAAGGACAAGGAAGCGUGGCUUUCGUGAAAUACCAUUAUGCACUGUUGGGUAUUUUACGUCAAUAUCAUAACUUCACUGUAAAAUAUCGCUUAUCAAGAAGCUGGUCCGGUCGACUUAAAUCCGGCUACCGUUUAGGUUUACUGGGCAUCCUUUCACGCAAUGAGGCUGACGUAGCUACUACUGGAAUUUUUCAGCGAGUCAACAGACACGCCGAAUUCGACUCAAUUCACCUGAGCUGGGAGUUUGAAGCUCGGUUUAUAUAUCGAAUUACACCCCAGUUGAGCGAUGCUUCCGGCGGUGGGAAUUUUUUCACCCCUUUCGAUCGUAACGUUUGGAUCGCAUCGUCUAUCAUUAUGGUGAUCGUUUUGGUGGUUUUGAAACUAGUUACCCUGAUUCGGUCUAGAACACUGAAAAAUGAGACAAACACCCCGCUUGCAGCCUAUCUCGUGGACGUUGUCGGAACAAUCGCCCAGCAAGGAGUUCCUGGCCAAGUGCCACCGAAGAUUCCGAUAAGAAUUGCGCUUCUUUCGCUGCUAUUGUUGAAUCUGGUAUUGUAUAAUUAUUACACGUCUUCGGUGGUGGGCGGAUUGCUUAGCUCUCCGGGUAAGGGCCCGGAGACGGUCGAGGAAAUCAUAGAGAGUCCAUUAACACUAUCGUUCCUCGAUGUUCCGUACCACAAAGUCUUGUUUCGCGAAGCUAAAGAGCCAAUAAUCCGCGAGCUGUACCAGAAGAAGGUGCAACCGUCACGUGAGGGGAAACACACCAUACCUGUCUACACGGACAUCGUGACGGCUGUUCCGUAUCUGAAGAAGGGUGGCUAUGCGUUUCACUGCGAACUAGCCGAGGCAUUCCAGGAUAUUGCAAAUCAGUUUGAUGCCAACGAGAUAUGCGAGUUGCGCAUGGCGGAAGGAUUGUUUCACGACAUCAAAUUGCUGAAUUUCAUACUGCCCAAAAGAAGUAUGUACACGGAGAUGUUUAAAACCACGUUGAUGCGAGCGCGCGAAAUCGGACUAGUCAAACGUAAUCUUAGAAAACAUCGCGUAGAAAAACCGAUUUGCCAAUCCAGCGGUCGAGUACUUCCGGUAGAGUUGACUGGCGUCACAAUGGCUUUCUUUGUAUUGGCAGCUGGUAUGGUUAUGGCCCUUAUUAUAGCAGCCAUGGAGUUGAUGAUAUCUGCAGCAACAAUGAGCAGAGAAAAACGAACCUUUUUACAUUGAUUAAUAGUUCAUUAUUAAACCUGGG